GAUUAUUGUUAAACUUUUUAUCAUCAACAUAUCCGCUCAGACACGACAUUCAACAUCCACUUUUAUUGUGUAUAUUGAUUUAAGGCCACGUCCAAGAAAGUUGUUUAGUUUAGCAGGACUUUGUUUUUGGCAGGUUGGAAACAGCGCAAUAAUAUGCAGGGAACAAUGAACUCUUUGACAUGGGCAGCUAAAGACGAACCGGAACAGGUAUUUAUGCUUGUUAAUAAUUAUCAAAUCAGUCCAGUAAACAAAAUGGCCAAUUGCAACAUGAUUACCCGUCUUGCUAAAGAAGCCGACUUACCAGCCGUUUUAGAAAUGUCGGAGGGUGUAUAUGGAGGCCAUGACUAUUUCCUUGUGGAGUUUUUAAACUUUGUAAAAGACCCGAGCCGAAGAAUUUUGAUCGCGGAGAUGGAUGGCAAAGCUGUGGGCUUACAGGCCAUACAUAUUGUCGAUGAAGGUGAAACAGCUAUCGCUCAUUCAUUGCGAGUACAUUAUAAGUAUCAAUGUCGGGGAAUUGGUAAACGAUUAAUACAAGAAUGUCGCAAUUAUGUGAGAGCAAAUUUUCCACAAGUUAAAUUCGAGAGAUAUGUGACGAGAAGUGAUGCACGUUUGGCAAUACAGAAGAAAUCCGAUGACCUCCAAUUUCACCAAGCUGCCACAUUUAGGGGUAUUGUAAAUGCUAAUUCUUCCGGACUGAACUCUCGAAUUGCAAACAGCUUAAUUGAGCAGUCUGUAAAUUUAAAGCAGUUGAACAAAACCGGGCUCGAAGUUAUCCUCAAUGAGCAGAAGCUUCGAAAUAUCUUGUUUCAAGACAAAUAUCUUGUGCUAUCGCAACCAUUCAAGCCUCUUGCUUCUAACAUUGCAAAUGGCUUAUUCAAAGAUGGUGACACAAUAUUUGCUUCUUAUUCAAGUGAAUCUGUCGAAGCAUUAAGCCACUCUCGCUGGUCUUCAACUCCAAAAUGUUAUCAGUUGAGGACCGUCUGUUAUACUCAGAACAAAGAGCUUCUUAAAAUCCAUCUCGUCAAGCAGCUGAAACGUGCAAUUGUGCAGCGCCCUGGAGAAAUGUUUAUUUUCAUGCCUAUCAUAGACACAUCGCUGGUCGAUACCACAAAACACAUUUUGUUUAAAAAUCUGUUGCUGAAGAACUUGUGGGAUGGGAUGAGAGAAUAUAGUAUUCUCUACUAUUUUGAAAAAUCUUUAGUAUAA